AUGAAGAAGCCAGUGAACCAUUUUAGCAGUAUUUGCUUUCCCCAAAGUGGUGAAAAUUUCUUUCACCCAGCAGAUAUUGACCCCGAGACUCGAUCCGCUCUACUUGAGAAGUAUCAUCUCGAGCUCGAGAAGUGUAGCCGUCGGGAGACGUGGGCUGGUGAUGCCCACCAUAAAUCGGUGCCUUAUCCAGUGCUUGGCAACGAAGCUCAUCAACGUCAGCUUUCAGAGCUAAGCGAGGCAUUGGUUCUAGCAAUUACCGAUAUUGUGGAACGAUGGUGGUCGGAUGUUGAGGCCCGCUUUCCAAAGCGGAUGCCGGUCGAACCAGUUGAGGAAAAUCUGCUGCAAUGGAUGCAACAACUGGAUGCACAUGUACUUCGUCCAUUCAGAUCCUGUCAAGGCUCCUGGAGGCCCGAUUUUCUGCUUGAAUCGUCGGAUGACCCCGAGCGGAUCGAGAAUUAUCGAAUCUGUGAGAUCAACGCUCGGUUUUGUUGGAAUGGAUUCCUCUUUACUGCAUUUGGCCAACAGGCCCUUCUGAAUAUGGGUGUCGAGCAAUAUGGUAUCAAGGGAGCCACAGACCCGCAAAAGGUCAUUACUGGUUUGAACAGCCUUUUUGAUUCUUCACUCCCCUUACAUCUAGUCAAGGGGGAGGAGUACGGAUACGAUAUCCACAUGUUCGUCCCAUAUGCACAGCGUUGCCUGGGGAUGGAUGUUAAAGUCAUUCCUCCCGAGAGUCUCCGGUUGAUACCCGCUGCAGCUCCCGGUGGAUACAAAUUAUACUGUCUGUCUGGGGAAAAUACCAAACAGCCGACAAUAUUGAAUGAUGCCGGCGAGUCUUUAGAAGAAGUGCAUCAGCUAGGUGUGGAACUGCAUCAACGAGAGUUGCUUGCCAUGAGCUUUGAAAUGCUUCAGCAAAUCAGCCUGAGAUGUUUCAACGACCUGCGUACUGUGCUUCUCGUUCAUGACAAGCGCAUGUUAGGCUUAGUUCAAGAAGAACUGGAUUCACUGGUUGCACGAAACGUACUCUCGCCGCACCAAGCAGGGAUACUUGAUAAAGGACUUGUCCACACGAUAAUACCCGGAUCAGACAAAUUGGAGCAUUUCAUAUCCAGGUGCCAGACAGACGUCUUUACCAAGGACAACUAUCUGCUUAAGCCAGUUCGCAGUGGUAAGGGAGCGGGGAUCUUAUUUGGUGAUCAGGUCACACAGGAGGAGUGGAUGUCACUUCUCCAGGGCAUGCGAGAUCCUCGCCUAAAAUCUGGGAAAACAACCUAUGUUGUUCAGAAGCAAAUUCAACAACGGAUAUAUGAUGUUCUGCUUGAAGAGGACGCUGGAGUUGGAAACUUUCCUCUUGUCGGAACCUUUCACAUCACCAAUGGCGCAUUCCUCGGCCUUGGACUCUGGCGAAGCGGCCCCGGUCGAAUUUGUGCUUUAAGUCGUGGGGGAGCCUGGAUGUGUUCAGUGAUUCAACAGUGA